AUGCCGGUGCGGGUCUUUGUGCAAGCCCUCUCCUGGUCCAGUAAAGAGUCCCAGCCCGAUGAUGUGGAGUCUGCAAAGGCUUCCUGCUGCCCAAAGCUUGAGAACGUCUUGAAGCAGACCACGUCAUUUCACUCCGCGCACCAGAAGUUUUUCGUUCGCCUGUCCCUCGCCUGUUCCGUGGCCUUCUGGGUUGCGCUGUUCAGCAUUCCCUUGUACUUCGCGGGUCCCUACUACGACUUUUUCGGAAGUCGCGGCGACGCGCUGUUUCAUGAAACGCGGCACUUUCACCGCCAGGAGGUUGCAUGCGAGGCCAGCAUGGUGGGAAGGAUGGAAAACAUUGGGAACCACACAGACCCACAUUACGUGCCGUGGACUGGGGCCACACCCUGGCCCAAGCACGAGAAGGUCAGGAACAAGUACAUUUGGUGCGGCUUCUUGCCAGCCCUGUGGCAAGACUACUGGCCGAACAUUGCGCAGUUCAUCGUCUUCACCGUCUACGCCAGUACGGGGGACACGAUUCGACUGGCUUGGCAGGGCCUUGUUGGGACGUUCUGUGCUUGCAUUAACCUGGAGUUCAUGACUUUCCUCUAUCCUGGCGGGGCGGCCGGGGCGGUCUGCGAGUCAGCUGACUGCACGCCGCAGCCCUACAACCAGGUGGUCGCGUGGAUCGACGUGAUCUUGAUCCUCUUCCUGUUCUUGUUCUCGCGCGCCAACGAAAACACCAUCAAGUUCGGAAUGUCAUGGCACGUCUUCUUCAUGAUGGACUUCAUGAAUCCUACGAAGAAGAUGCCGGUAGGCCUCAUGGGGGACCUCACGGGCAUCACCCUCUGGAGGAACGACUUGACCGCGGAUGUCUUUCUCACCUCCGUGGUGGGCGCAGUGGUCUCCAUCCUGGCCACCAUCGUUCCGAGGUGCUUCUUCUGUGUGCCCCCUUUGGCGAACCGCGUUUGGGUGCCGCCGAACGCCUUGGACUGCGCGCAAAGGCUCGGAUCCAUCUGGGAGGAGAGCGUGGAGUACAUGCUGGGAAGCAAAGCGAGCGCUAAGAAGUUCCGGCUGGAGAAGAAGAUCGACGAUGUGCGAUGCAAGCUGACCGACACGAGGAGCCAGGUUCAGUGCGCCUGGUGGGAGACUUGGCAGUGCGGAAGGCCCGAGCAGGUCCGGCUGAAGCUCCACGCUUUCCUCUCAGGUGCCGACGAGGUGCAACGCAUCAUGUACAGCUUGGUCAACUGUAUCCACUCCGAAGAUUUCAGUGGACAGCACCGCGCGUUCUGUGGCAAACUGGCUGAGUGCAUCCACAAGCUGCACAGCACAGCAAGCGAACUUACAAUCGCCUGUGCGAAAGCUGCUGUUGAUGGCACGAUCACCGAUCAGGAGGAGAGCGAGAUCCGAAGGAUUGCCGAGGAUGCUGCGUCCUGCCAGACGGAGCUUGUGAAGCGGUACCGCCACGUGGCGUCGUCAGGGAUCCCUGCCAACUUGGCGGAGGAAGUCACCUUCCUGUUCUCUCUUUCUUUCUGGACUGCGACCGCCCAAGACUUGCUGGGUUUCCUUUCGACGCCGGAGUCACGAUUGCGCUGGCGCACCAUCGUUUGGGACGGCUUAAUGGAUACCUGGGGCAAGAAGGUGCGAGAACGCGAACAUCUCAAGUUUGCCCUGCGGAAUCUUAUUCCAAUCUCCACCUGCUUCAUUCUCGGCUACGCAAUCCCAUCAACCUGCAUUUUUGUGCAGUACUCCGCCACCAUGGCCAACACCUUGGCGCUCCUGAUCACGCGUUUCUCGAGCUCGGCCGUCCAGAAGAACUUCCACAGGACGCUGGGCGUCCUCCUGGGCAAGUUCUUGCCGAUUCUUUUCAAAGCCACAUGGACGGCUUUCCCCUGCCAGUCCACGGAGCGCGGGAUCCUGCAACUCGUGUCGCUGUUCAUCUUCGUGAGCGUGUGGAGCUACGUGUACUUCAGCUCCAAGAUGUGGAGCACGGUCGCAGUUCUCGUGGGCGGCUACGGCGUGUAUCCGCUCAUGGUUCCCUGCGAUGACCUCAGCGAGGACAGCUACUAUGUUGGACUGUACAAGGAGCUCGGACAGGUGACUGUGGCCAUCGUGCUCCAGUUUUGCAUCGAGUCUGCCCUGCACGCCACUUCCCCUGGAGAGCUGGCCGUUCGGAAGCUGGAGAAGGCGGCAAUGUGCCUGCACGAAGGCAUGAAGGUGUCAAAGGUUCAAGUGCGACAAGCCCUGGCAUCUCCGGAAUGGACUGGUCAUCGAACACCGGCGCAUCCGUGA